UUGGUCAAUUACAUGACAGUUGACACACAGAAAAAGAAAAAGAGAGGUGUGGGGAGCACCUAGGCCACUAAAAUAUUAAACCCUAUGGUGGUGUUGGUGCAUGUGUAUAAAACUCUUGCAGCAAUGAAGAUGCAACCAGAGAAAAGCCAAGCCAGAUAUAAAUCUUAAGUUCUAAGUCUUAUUUAUUUAUUUUUUUGUCUAUGACUUGCUGAAGAAAAAGAAAUCAGAACUAUUCACAAAAUAUGUUGCUACUUAAGACUAAGAGGCUAGUAAUAAUAUUUUUGCAGGAAUGUCAGAAGGUUCGGUGCUAUAUUAUGGUAUAAUAAUAUGUCAAGCACAACAAUAAAAGAAUUGAUUUUCUCUUUCUUUUGCUCAUCUCGCGUUGUGUUGUGUGCUCUCUCUGACUUAUAACCCGUCCACAUAUAUUAUAUAUCACUCUUCUGUGUCUUCAUAUGCCUUGUUGCUUCUCAUUCACUUCGAGCUUUGUCUUUGUUGUGUCCCUGUGGAGAACCUCAUUACUUCUGCGCCAAUUGACUAGUACCAUCCUAUUACAAGGACCAGUGUCUUGUCCACUUUUGCUUUGUCUUUUUGCUUAUCUCAGAAUAUGAUCUUGUUAUUGCUCCUUCCUCUUCCCUCCCUUCUUUGGCUUUCUCAUGUAUCUCCCUUCCUUGGAUUAUCUCUCAUGUGAGAUAACUUCCAGAAAGCCAAUUAAAAGACCCUUGUUUUGUUUUGUGUUUUAGUUAGUUUUUUUUUUUUUUUUUUUUCCUUUUUUUUUAUUUGUUUUGAGUUAUGGAAGCUUGUUGCUGCAACCUUGAAGUGGAUGUAAACGGAGAAGAGACCUUCAUGUUGGACAAGACUGUUAUUACUCAGUACUCAAGCAAAUUUGCUAAAUUAUUUGGAAAGUCUAGUGGUGGCACAGGAAAGCUUAAAGUAAUAUUCCACGAUUUUCCAGGAGGUGCAGAAGGCUUUGAGCUUAUGUUAAAAUUCUGUUAUAACAAUGGAACAACUGAUAUAAGUCCCUCCAAUUUGUUUCUGGCACGUAGUGCUGCCAAGUACAUGGAAAUGAAGGAACCAGUGCCUGAUGUUUCUAACUUAUUGGAGCAAACAGAAAAGUCUCUCCAAGAGAUAAGCUAUUGGACUUGGUCAGAUCUUUUGAUUGCUUUGAAACAGUGCCAGAAUUUACUAGUUCCAGAUUCUUCUGUGAUGGUUGAAAGAUGCUUGGAUACUAUUGUUGGGAGGUUGGUUUUGGCCAGUGAAGCAAGCCCUUGUCCAUCAACUAGUUCCACAGAAAGUUCUUGGAUUCGGUUUUCAUGUGACUCUAAGAGUACUGAGAGUAUAAAAACAAGUUUCUCUCGUUUAACGUGGUGGUUUGAAGAUCUCCUAUUUCUGAGUCCCUUGUUGGUUGCAAUGUUGAUUAAGUCAAUGAUUUCGCGGAAGAUGGACCAUAUUGUUAUAAGCAAGUUUCUUCUGUAUUAUCAGAAGGCCAAAUUUUCCACUGCCACUACAGAUGAGAAGAGCAAGAUAAUUGAAAUGGUCAUAGAUAUGCAUUAUGAUAUGGAUCAAAGUUGUGUUCCUUGCAAGACUUUGUUUGGGAUUCUGAGGGUUACUUUGGGUUUGAACAUUAGCAAAUGUAGCAGGAAUAAGUUGGAGACCAUGAUUGGUUCCCAAUUGGAUCAAGCAACCUUGGACAAUUUGCUUGUUCCAUCUCCUUAUGGAAUAAGCUACUUGUAUGAUGUGAACCUUGUUUUGAGAUUUUUGAAAGCGUUCCUGCGGCGAGGAAAUGGACUAGUCACUCCCAUUCGGAUGAGGAAAGUUGCUAGCUUAAUAGAUUUGUACAUAGCAGAAAUAGCACCUGAUCCUUGUUUGAAAACUUCAAAGUUCUUGGCACUUGCCUCCGCAAUUCCAGAUUCCGCAAGAGAUUCUUAUGAUGAGCUCUACCAUGCAAUGGACAUGUAUCUUGAGGUACACACUCAAUUGUCACAGGAAGAAAGAUUGAAGAUAUGCUGUGGUUUAAAUUAUGAGAAGCUUUCACCUCAAGCUUGUCUACACCUUUCUCAGAACAAAAAGUUUCCUUCAAAAUCCGCAGUUAUCUCUCAACAAUCUAAGCUCAAAAAUUUACUCCAUGUCACUCCCAGUACAAGUUCAUACAAUGAUUCACCUUGCAGCUCCAGUGGUGCUGCUCAAAAGGGAAAGAAAGAUAAAUGCAGUGAAGAGGUUGUGUUGUAUGCUGACAAUUUUGAUCUUUCUACAGAUAAUGAGAAACUCAAAGCACAUUUACAAGGAAUGCAGUGGAGGGUCAUGGAACUAGAGAAAUUCUGUAGGAAAAUGCAAAUCCAAAUGGCAAAGAUCACAAAAUCAAAAGCAUCAGGCCAUAGUUAUGCAAAAUCUUUGCCCAAACUCUGCUCAUGAUACUUUAUUUUUUUUUUGCUUUUGGAUUUCAUAUAUUUUCCCCUUUGUAAUUUUCAUAUCUGUACAGCACAGGAAUGAGUUGUGUGUCUGUAUUGAUUGUACAGUCGUGAAAUAAUGGAAGAGACUUCAAAGAAUUUCAUAUUA